GAAGCGAGGCCGGGUGCCGUUUAGAAAGUCAUCGGUAGUGGCAGGGUGCGGUCUGCGGACCUUGCGGGCGCGAAGAACAAGCGUGAAAGCGGCGGAUCACCUCGGUGGCCAGAGUCGGCUAUACCAGGAUCGAGGAGAAGCAAGGUGCCACCGGGUGUGCGAGGGACGCAGAACCGAGAAGGCGGAGAGAGAGAGAGAGUAGCGCCUGGUGGGUCCGCGACGGUGGCAGAAGUCGGUCGAUUCGUCCUCACUUCCUCGGAGAUCGCGAGAGAUCGCGAGAGCGUCGCGCUUCCGGUCCCCCGCGAGAAGCUGCCGAGACGGGCGGAGGUCGAGUCGCCUCCGCGCUGGAGCGGAAAGGACGUUCCGAACGGUGCGGGACGCGGCGGCGCCGCCAUCUUGUCGUGGGCCAUCGAGGCUCGAGGAGACGCUCGGGUUGGGCCUGGAGCGAUCGCGCGUCCGCGACGCGGGGCAAGUCGAGAAACUCGUAGAGCCGGCCACGCCGGCGCCGUCGUCGCCAUGAGGCUGGAGAUCGUGUCCGCGGCGGACUUCCUGGUGCACCUGCUCCGGCUGCAGGCCGGCCAACUCUCGGACCGCCAGCUGGAGAUGUUCAAGUCGUCGCUGACGGAGGUGCUGCGCCACCGGUACCGGGACCACUGGUUCCCGGACAGGCCCAACCGGGGCUCCGGGUACCGGUGCAUCCGCAUAAACGGCAAGAUGGACCCGGUGAUCGCCCAGGCGGGCGCCAACGUGGGCCUGCUGCCCACGGUCCUCCACUCGCUCUUCCCCAGCGAGCUCACCAUGUGGAUCGAUCCCGCGGAGGUCUCCUACAGGAUCGGCGAGAACGGCUCCAUCUGCGUCCUCUACGAGCGCAUCGGGCCCGAGCCGGAGGAGCCCCCCGUGCCGCCCCAGCAGCAGCAGCAGUACGAGAGCUGCAAGGACUCCCUCAUCCUCGAGCACGCGCAGUUCAGCGAGCAGAUCGCCGCCUUCGUGUCCAGCUGAAUAUCCCUCGCCGUGACCUAACCUACGAGAGAAGGAGAGAGACCUCGCCCCGACUCCGUCGACGUGACCUACCUUCGCGACCGCGACCCGAAGCGGCCGCCUGCCUCGGCGUGGCGCCAUCCAGCGCCAUCCAGCGCCAUCCAGCGCCACCGACGCCACCGACGGCAGAGACGCGCUCCCAUUGGCCGAGUCAAGGCGCGUCCACCGACGCGGACCGACUUCGGAUCCAGGCCUGGCCCCAUUGAUCUCAAACCCCCGUCGACGUCGCCAGCGGAAACCGGAAACAUCGGAGCUCCUCGCGCCAGCGAAUCCAGCCUGAAGGACCCUCGCCCUUUCUUUCCCCUCCCCCCUUUGUGAUGGACUCGGAGAUGAGACGACCUCGUCGAUGGAUGCGUUUUACACACGGAGCGAUUACUUUGCGCGAGACGAAUGUACGGGUAGUACAUGGUAAAAUAUGGUAGGGUUCAAUUUACAUAAACGGUGAUCUUGAAACGCGUAGAAGAUAGAUAUGUGCGAUUCGCGUCGCUGGAUUCGAGUCACCCUAGGAUCUUUAUUUUUUUUCUUUCUUUAACUCUUAAGGUAACCUCGCGUAAUUGGCAAAGUACGUUUGUCGAGCUUUGAAAAUUGUGUAUAAUUUGGUUACGAGAUCUCGUAGCGCUGUAAAAUCUGUAAAUAUCCAUGAUUUUGAGUUCGUUCGUAGCUGUCCGAAUAUAUAAAGACUAUUGUUUGUGUGAUUUAAUGCUCGGUUGCUUUGCGAAUGAUGCUCGUCGUCGAUCGUAAGGCAAUGAGCCUAGAGCAAAUGCUUCCGGUAGCAUCGAACUCGAUAUCAAGGUAUUCUCUGUCGAUAUUCUUGAUCUCUGGCAUACCUUGGAUUACAAAGGAUACGUCUCCGAUUAAUUUUUUUUGUUCAAUUGGCAUUUGUUGAAACGCAUCGGCCAUGAUUAUUGGCCAGGGCCAAAAUUGUACGCACCGAUAACUUAUGGUUCCAUUCUGAUUAUGUUGGCUACCGAUUGCUUACAAUGAAUUACGAUUAAUGGGAAAAAUGGAAUGUCGAGUACUUCGUUGUCUCAUGCUUUUGGAACGGAACGUUUGUCGUAGACUCCGUUCGACGUCGUUGCGUGUCGCUCCGUGUGCCGAAUACGUGGAAAACGUUUUCACCAUAGAAUAUACGAUCUCUCGCAGAGGUUCCAGGAUGUUUUCGGAUCUCUGUACCCUCUGUGACGAGAAGACGCGAAAGCGAUGGCGACACGACGCCGAGAGAGCGACUUCUCCGCUUUCUCUUUGCCGAUUGGUCUUUGCUCUUUUUUUCUUUUUUUCGUUCCUCUCUCUCCACUUUAUUUUAUUUCUAUCUCGUGUGUAAAGCUGGGAGUGGUCCAACUUUGCAGGCAAUUUUUCCCUACGUUGGGUGACGCGUUUAACGACACUUUCGGAUAAUUUCAGACGGUCUUCGGUUCGGUGCCGUGAACCAGCAAAAAUGUACAAUUUCGGUCGAGGCUAGAAAUUAAUGUGGAAAAUGAAAUGUCGUUACUUGAAAUUGGCCACUUUCGUCGUUUAGUGGGCGAUGUGCAAAAAAUGUAGGUCGAACAACAAGAGAAAUUACCCAAAACCUGGCGCUUACGCGCGGAGAAAGUAUCUCGGAGAAACGAAACGCACAAACCAACCGCGUAACCCUUUUCGAUGAAGUGGAACGCACCGUGAAUAUUUUUUUUUUCUUUCUUUUAAAUACCUAUCGCGAACCUGGCACAUCACGAGUCUUACGAAUACGCGUUAACGCUUAAAAAGUAAUGAAACGUUUUACGACACUAUUGGACAAGCGUAACCAAUUACGAUUAAAAAAAAGAACUUCUUUCGCGAUCGGUUCCAAGCUUCGUCCGUCUUUGCGUGCUUUCUCCGUUGGUAACACUUUCGGAAAUCCCAGUAAUUCCGUCUGAGGGUAAUUGCCGUAUCUUAAGCGUUGGACAUUAUAACGAAGUCUAGUUUGGCUUAAAAUUAUUGGAUGUACAGAGGAUUCGCCAAAUUUUAACUUCCCAAAGGUAUAUAGGCGGUUCGGUUCGUUCCUCGCGGAACGAUGAAUGGACGGGGCGAUAUAAAUUUCUCAAGGAUGCAAAAAAGGAGGGAAAAGGAAAAGAAAAAAGAGGCGGAUAAUGUACGUUUGAUCUUCGGUUAUUUACGCACUCUGCCGUGCGUGGAAUCAGGCCACGGCAGUUUGCACAGUCGUCACUCAGCCUUGACCAAAGGUGUGUGUUUCUCUUCGGACUUCUCGGAAAUUGAUUUCGCGAAUCCCUCAUUGAUCCAAGUCGCCCUCGUUUUCGCGUUCUCGUCGUCGCCGUGCCGCUAUUACUUAGGCGAUUCUACUGUGUCACAUGCGUGCGUUCAUGUGGGUUGUGUGUAGGUAUAUACAUGUAUAUGUGCACGCGCGCGCAUCGUGUCGUAUGCGUACAAAACUGUCGACGCUUUUCAACGUGUACCUUGCCGGCGACGUUUCGCCGAAUUUAACGAGCUGAAAAUUCGGAAAAUUCCCGAGUUCCAAAAAUAUUACAAUCCUGUCCGUCGCCACGCAUCGCGUUACGCACACUGAGGAAACGGUUUACUUUAUCCAAACACAGAGGCAUGUUUAAAAUGAUUUUGUCGAAGCGGAGUAAUUAUUUCCAUCAAUCGACAAAACGUUUAUUUGAUUUUAGUAAAAUGCAUUGUUUGACGAAAUUGUCUUAAUUUACAGGAACAAUUUCUUUAAAAUAUUCGAUCAAUUUGUUUGUGCCUUGGAUUUAAACUUUAGAAAUUAUUUAUUCGAUUCCAACAUUUAGAGGUUCCGCAAGGUCCUUCGGGGUGAACGGUAUUAUGGGUAAUACUUUAAUGGGGUAAAGUAAUUAGAGUCAGAGGUGUGAGUCGUAACAUUACAUGAAAAGGGAGUAAAAAAGUUAUAAUGACACGUUUAUUGAAUUCAAAUCCAACAAGUAUGGUCAAUCGUCAAAUAUAUUUGAAUCUAGUAUACUUAUUAGACUGUACAACAAAGAAAGAAAAAUAAGUUUCAUUCAAAUUUGUUUUGCGAUCGAACAAAUCGUUUUCACAGUGUACAAGCAUAUGUUGCACCUUUCGAAGAGUCGCGAGGAAAACGCGUCCGUAAAAGUGGCAGUAUUUUUGGGAAAAAAAGUGGAUUUUGCGCAUACUGAUAGUCUUACGUAAACUUUCCGGUACAAUUAGUGCGUUUUUGUAAAGAUACGGUACACGUCGCAGGCAGUGUACGGGGGAAAUUGUUGACGGUACGUCAGAUUGUACACGCGGAUAGACGAGAAAAGUCAGCCGACGCGUGCGCGCGCAUACUCGAAAUAUUGUACAUUAUGUUUUGAAAAAUCUGUGAUUCUCUUCGGGAAUAAGGCGAAGAAGAGGAGGACGAGCUGCAGUUGCGGGAUCGGUACGGAGACUAACUGGGAUUAAUCGGCGUAGGGAGAAAGUGUCGUUCGUAGGACGAAUCUAAUUUCGGGACCCGUUGGGAAGAAUUCGUCUCGAAGUCUCCUCGUUUGACCCUCCCCGUAUGGAAAUAAAUAUAUUUUUGUAUAUAAAAAAUAUAUAUAUACGGAAAUACAUAUCCUUUGGCCGUGAAAUAUAUCCGGGAAUAUAUAUUGCCGAGUAAAUACAAAGUAUAUAUACAAACAUAUAUUUUCGGGGAUGUAGUUACGGCCAAAAGUUACCUAUUUCCGUAUAUAUAUUUUUUUGUCCUAUACAAAAAAUACAUUUUCAUAUAUAUAUUUAUUCCCAUGUGGGUCGGUGAAAUGCCUCUCCUUGAAUCGCGCGAUCGAUCGGACAAAUUGUCGCGUAAUGCCGGCAAGUAUCCUCGGGCAAUAAGGUCUCCGUGUUUUCGAGAAAUAAUUAACUCGCGAAGGUCCGCAUAAAAACCUGCUAGAGUGUUCGCGCAUUCUACGUCUCGACUUAGCGUGGUUUAGAGUGGCAGAUAGUGACGCGGGAAUGAAUAUUGAGCUACUCAAAACUCGCCUUAUCCACUACGAGAUGCGCGUUGAUCAUCGUAAACGCACCGUUGAAGUAUUCUGUCCUCCUUUACAGCUGUUUUGAUUGGAAUUGUCACGAACUAGUGUUUCUCGAGCGACGAAUUCAACCGUGUCCAAUUUUAACCGCACAUUCAUUCCUGGCAAUUUCUUUUAACGCAUCGUGUAUUCGGUACAGAUAUUUUCAUUGUACGGUCUGUGUAUAUGUACAGGAGAAUGAUAUAUUAACGCUGACUGGAACGGUCAGUAUAGAGAUACGUCAAAGGGGAUGCGGUUUAUGAAAAUAGUUGAAUUUUCAAAAAGUUCAAUGACAACUCUUAAUAACGUAGCGCUAUAAUGGAAAUCUUGAAUCCGAUGAGAUGUUGCGCGAAACUAGGAACGGGACUUUGAAAUGCCUUUUUUUAACAGAAAAACGUUGAAUCUCUUUGGAACGUACGUGCACCUUAAAUUUGAAAUGCCAAGUAUAGAGGGUCAAGUCCGAGGCAAGAUACAGAAAAUAUUAAUUAGAAGAUAUAUUUGUAGUCCUUUUUUUUUUUUCCUCUCAAUGCAUGCGUUAGGUUAUCUCGUGCGAAACGGCUUUCUCGAUUUUGUUGCCACAUAAUUUGUGACGUCGGCAGAGUGUAUCCGGAUCGAAAGGAAGAGAAGUACCUGAAAAAAAGUGGAGCGUUUACCAACGUCCAAGAUUUACUUCGCUGUAAGGCUCACAUUCGCGAAGCUAUGCCCCGGGAAUAUGAGCCUUAUCGGACAGCGGGUAAAGCGGGUGCUUUAAGCGAUUCAUUUUUAUUUUAUCAUUCGAUUGCGGGAAAUUAGAAGGAAUGGAAAAUAACGACGGCUCUGUACCUAGCGAUUAGGAACCUUGUCUGUGAUGAUGACACGUAUUAGGGUCUGGACUUUGGCGAAUUUCGGGAGGAAACGAAAACGUUCGUUCGACUUUGCGAAACUACACCGAGAAACCCGCGACCUCGUUCCAUCCCGAUAUAAUUAUAUGCGUCAAGUAACGAUGUUCGAAUUAAAGUCAUAUAUUUGUAAUAGAAAAUAUUCGUUUGGCUUCUUUACACCAGGGUGCCGACCUUUUGAUGCCGGUUCUUCUAAUUCGAACUAUCAGAAGUUUUCGGAGCUAAACUUGCCGCUUAAUGGAUCCCCUUGUCUUCGCGGCGGAUUUAUCAUUUGUAUAAUACUCGAGGACGUGUACAAACGAUGCGGCAUACGUCAACGGAAACGGUUUAUCUUACAGCGGUUCAUUUCCUUGCUUGCGGAAUUAACCGCGUCCAUUAGUUGCAUCGCAAAGCUGUAGGUUAUGGUACUAUUAAAAAUUCAUAAUCCAGCCGGUCGAUACUUCGAGACCUUUGAAGCCCGAUUAAACGACACGUACGUGUCUACUUACGAGUCGGCACUUUUCAUUGUUUCCUAUCUCGCGAUGCGACACAUCUAUCGCCGAUAAGGUAUCGACCCCGGAUUUAAGAAUUACCGCCGCACAAGGACUCCUUCCUUUUUAAUGUUAAUUUUCAUCUCCUUUCGAUUCAGGGUCUAUCCCAAAACGUUCCUUUUACGUUUCCCUCGAAUCCAACUACAUGUCCAGGCCCUAAUAAUAAAAGUAAAGAGACAAUAUAAGCGAUCUCCAAUGUACAGGUAUCUACGUAUCGACCUAAUAUCUCGUUCGCGCGCAUUAUAUACUUACGCAGUCCGUGUCGUAUACGCGUUCGCGCGCGUACGUGCACAUACAUUCUCUGUAUAAGUCGUGUACAUCCUGUAUAUGAAAGAGAAAAAUAGAAAGAGAGAGAGAG